UGUUCCGUACAGGACGUAUGCCGAAAACAAAGAUAAUGUGCAGGUCGGAAUAGAAAUGUAGGCCUAUAUAAACAUUGUCAGGAGUUCUUUAUCUCACAUUUUCAGCGCCUAUUCGGCUCAUUCCAAUUAAAAAGACAGUAAAGCAUUGUGCAUAGCAUUGAGCAAUCAUGGACAGCUUUGAGUACCGUCUUGGAAUCGUGUGGUAUUUUCUGCUAUUCGUGUUGGGUCUGCAAAUAAGAACGACAACAUCAGAAGAGUACAUGGAUGACUUGUGCGGACAGACUAUUCAAGCUGGGAGCACAGGUGGCGUUCUUCAUUCUCAGUCCGAGCUUACAUACCGAGAUUACGUAGACUGCACCCUCACCAUCGUGGCCGACCCUGGCCGUAAAAUUCUCCUGACUUUUUUGAUGCUGGACACCGAGGGGACACUAUUCGACUGUAAUCGAGACCUCGAUUAUCUGGAGAUCGUCGACGGCCCUUCGACCGUCCAGAAUGGGCCGGAGCUUGCGGUGCUCUGUGGUCGUUUCACGGGCAACGUAACGUCCAAGACCAAUGCGGUUACUCUGACAUUUAAGACGGAUUCUAGCGCUACAUUUCGCGGGUUCACCGCCGCUUUUACAUCUUUCGGGAUGUACAACCAAGGGACUUGUGUUGAGGGCGAGUUUCGAUGCGACAACGACCGAUGCAUAGAUACCAACUUGGAGUGGAAUAACUAUGACAACUGUGGUGAUCACAGCGACGAAUUUAGUUUUUACCCUAGGGUAAUGACCAGGUAUUGCAGCCAGACCAUUUCGGUGGGACGUGAAGAACUCCUUCCUUCACAAGCCAGCUAUCUCUACCCAAAUGAGCUAGAUUGUACGACGACCCUAGAGACCGACAAUGGCAAGAGACUCCUGCUCCGUGUCUAUUUACUGGAAAUCGGGGACUGCAGUGCUGACUACGUGGACGUAUAUGAUGGACCAUCCGAAACGUCUCACAAGUUAGCUGUACUCUGUGGGUCUCGUCAAGUGGAUGAUAUUGUGUCUAGUGGGCGUGCCGUUACGCUUAGAUUCAAGACCGAUUCUUCAGUUGAGUAUCGGGGAUUCGUCAUCUCGUUUACGUCGUUCAGGGAGCAGGGCCCUUGUUCCUCUGAUGAAUUCAGAUGCGAUAACCAUCGAUGCAUCGAUGACAGUCUCGCAUUCAAUUUAUUCGACAAUUGCGGUGACAACAGUGAUGAGAAACGUUCCGUCUAUGACGAGGAAGAGGACGAUUAUUCAGUUGGCAGCGAUGGAAGUGUCGACGGCGGUGGCGGUGUCGACGGCGUGGGCAACUAUCUCACACUAAGUGUUGCAGGCAUUGUCGCCAUUGUCAUUGGUUGUCUUGUGGGCGUGGUUCUAAUCAUCUUCUGCUGCGUCUUCAUCUGCUACUUGGCCUGUCGGAGCAACCGACAGACGCACCACCGGACCACGGUCAUAGCGCCACCGGCCUACAAUCAACAGCCAGCAAUGGUCAUGCAAACCUUGGCUCUGCCAAAUCUCGAGCCCAAUGCACAACCGACAAUCCACCCUCCACUCUAUCCGGAACCCAGUCAGCAGUCAGCUUCACUUUGUGAAAUCAAAGCUUAAAAAUUUAAAGUCACCAUCAUAAAUAAGCACAAGAAUACUAAAGAAACAUCAGGAAACGACGCCGUUUUAUUUACUCUCACUUGUGUGUUGAAAGAUACAGGCAGUAAACCAACCGGGCAUAUUUGCUUCCGAGUUACCUUCCAUGUCUUCCGUUUAGCACUUUCCUUA